AUGUCAGAGUGGGAUACCGUCACCAAGAUCGGCAGCAAAGCCUCCGGCGGGGCUUCUCAGCGUGAAACCGUCGUAAAAGGCAAGGGAGCUUUGAAUGCAGCCCAACGCACUGGAGCUAUCGUUGGCACCGACAAGAAAUUUGCAACAGGGAACCAGGUCGGCAAGAACGUGGAAGGGCAACAUCUCACCAAAGUUGACCGCUCAGACGACAUCGUCGUUCCUCAGAAGUCUUCCACACAACUAGGUGCCGCCAUUCGAGAUCGUCGAUCGAAGGACGGGCCGUACAAGAUGACGCAGGCUCAACUGGCUCAGAAGGCCAAUUCACAAGUGGCGGAGAUCAAGAAUUUGGAGGCCGGUACCGCGAUCAAGAAUCAGGCACUCAUCAAUAAGGUGUGUAGGGUGUUGAAGAUCAGUCCAAAGUCGGGAGAGCCGCAGGAUAAAUGA